UUAAUUUUCUUCUUUUCAGUUACCUUCUAAUUCGUUUUUCUUCUGCAUUUAUGUCACUUCAUAUGUUUAAAAAACUUAGACGAAUUCAUGGACAACAAUUAUGGAAAAAUUUAUAUGCUUUAGUUGUUUUUGAAAAUCAAAAUUUGCGACAAUUAUUUAAUGUUGAUGAAGAACAUAAAAUUGAAAUAUUGAGAGGAAAAAUAAGCUUUCAAAAUAAUAGAAUGUUGUGUUAUGAUAAGAUUAAAAACUUCAUUGAACAUUUGGGAAUGAAAGUAUGUACAGAAUUUGGAGAUGAAAACAACAAAGCUAAAUGUGUUGGUGAAAGUGAUGUUUCCCCAUUUAGCAAUGGAGAUAAAGCUAUUUGUGAUGAAAUUCCUUUAGAAGUAAAAAUUGUUUCUGUUUAUUCCUAUGGAUUUGUGAUUACUUGGACACCUUUUAAUACAACUGAUAUGGAUCAUAGGAAAUUUUUGGGAUAUAUGAUAUUCUACAAAAAAGUUGACAAAAUUAAUUUAAAUAUGACAAUUGAUGAUGAUCGUUCAGCUUGUUCAGAUUCUUGGAGUAUGUAUUUUGUAACUGAUGGAAGUGAUUCAACAAAGGAGGAUAUUUCUGGGGAAGAUGCUGGAACAAGUUCGCCUAAAGGAGAAUUAAUAAAUCAAGGAGUUGAAGCAAAUACACUUUAUGCUGUUUAUGUACAAACACGUGUAGUUAAUCAUCCUGGUGCAAAGAAUGCAAUAUCUCCAAUUCUUUAUGUUAAAACGCUGUUUGGUGUCCCUGAUCCUCCACGAAUGCGAGCUUCAAUAGCAUUAAGUCCAAAUUCUAUCAAGUAA